AUGACCAACAGCGCGUUCGGCACCAUCGCGCUCUACGUGAAGCUGACGGGCAUCUUCUUUGGCGUCGGCGGAUACCUCGCGAGCCGCCGGACGGUCCAGUGGAUGGAGGUCGACAUGACCAAGUCGGACUCGUUCAUCUCGCGCGUCUUGCGGACCAUCAUGCCCAAGUACUUUCCCCACGCGUCGCACGCGCUCCGCUACGAUAUGUUUUGCUACAACUCGGACAUUUUCGUGUUUAGCUACGCGCUGAGUGUCAUUCUCGACAUUCAAAACUGCUUUAUCUUUAUGCGCAACGUCAACCUCUUCAACAACCUCAGCCAGUUUCUCUUUUCGCUGCAGAUGUUUUGCUGCAGCAUGCGUCUUCUGUGGGUCAACUGCGCCGUGCUCAAGGUUUGCAAGAUCCUCUGGAACCUCCUUGGCACCGCCUCGUUCAACGGCCAGAGCACCUUCAUGGGCUACCUCAACUUGAGCAGCGUCAUAUCGCUCUACCUCAGCGCCGUCUUGCUCAUUUACGUCCCGCCGUUCAUCGAGUACAACAACAACACGUUGGUCGCGCUGAAAAACUCGGUCGAGAAGCUCGACGGCCUCCGCGUCGACGUCUUCAAUGGCUUUUACUUUCGCGUCGGGGGCUCGAUCGUGCUCGGGAUGCUCGCCAACCUCGCCGUCAUCACGGCACUCGACCACCUCUGGAACUUCAAGCACUGGAAGCUGCUGCGGAAGCACUCGCUGUCUCGCCAAGCCAUGUACAAUUCGUCGUCGAUUGUCUGCGACUACCUCGACGGGAUCGAAGUGGAGGCCGAAGGCAAGAACGGCGGCGCCGCCUCAAACGAGCUCCGGCAAAAGAAGAAGACAAUCAUCGCCGUCCAGAGCAAGGCGACGCGCUGCCGUUCACGCUGA